CUCGCUAAUUAUUCAUGAGCUGUCUAGUGCCAUCGUAGAAAAAAAGAAAGAAAAAAAAAAAAAAAACGUCUGCAACUUUACUCCUAGUGCCCAUAUUUCCUACAGCUCCUGAAUGCAGCAGCAGGCUGACUGGCUCUGUGAAGAUGGCGGACUGUAUACGUGUUCCUCUGCUCCUGCUUUUGAUGUGCAUCGUAUCGUCUUUGCAUCCAAUUCAAGGACAAAACAACCUUAUCAGCAAACUUGCUGUUAAUGCAGAUAACCAACCGAAACCAGCCGGAGGUGUGGGGCCGGCUGCGGGGGUCCCGGUAGCCGCUGAGAGGAUCCUGGGCGCUGGGGCCUCGCUGCCUCGGAGGCGCUCUACCGGUUGGAAGUUGGCUGAAGAGGGGGUGUGCAGAGAGGACCUGACCCGGCUUUGCCCCAAACAUUCCUGGAACAACAACCUGGCGGUGCUGGAGUGUCUCCAGGAUAAGAAAGAGGAAACUGAGAUUGCCGCCGAAUGCAACCAUCUGCUGUGGAACUACAAGCUGAACCUGACCACCGACCCAAAGUUUGAGUCCGUAGCCGUGGAGGUCUGCAAGACCACCAUCUCGGAGAUUAAAGAAUGCGCGGCGGAGGAGCUGGGCAAGGGCUACCUGGUGUCCUGCCUGGUGGAUCACCGUGGCAACAUCAGCGACUACCAGUGCAACCAGUACAUCACCAAGAUGACCACCAUCGUCUUCAGCGACUACCGGCUGAUCUGCGGCUUCAUGGACCAGUGUCGCGACGACAUCAACGCGCUGCGCUGCGGCAGCAUCAGCACCGGGGAGAAGGACAUCCACUCUCAGGGCGAGGUGAUCGCCUGUCUGGAGAAAGGUUUGGUGCGGGAGGCCGAGGAGCAGCUGGGAGCGCACGCCAUCAAGGACGACUGUAAGAAGUCCAUCAUGAGAGUCGCCGAGCUCUCCUCGGACGACUUCCACCUGGACCGAUACCUGUACUUCGCCUGCCGCGAGGACCGCGAGCGCUUCUGUGAAAACACACUGGCCGGAGAGGGACGGGUUUACAAAUGUCUCUUCAAUCACAAGUUCGAGGAGGCGAUGUCUGAGAGGUGCCGCGAAGCUUUGACCACCCGGCAGAAGCUGAUCGCCCAGGACUACAAGGUGAGCUACUCGCUGGCCAAAGCCUGCAAGUCGGACCUGAGGAAGUACCACUGCAGCGCCGACAGCAACAUGCCCCGCGCCCGAGAGGCGCGCCUGUCCUACCUGCUGCUCUGUCUGGAGUCGGCGGUGCACAGAGGCCGUGUGGUCAGUGGCGAGUGUCAGGGCGAGAUGAUGGACUACAGGAGGAUGCUGAUGGAGGAUUUCUCUCUGAGUCCGGAGAUCGUGCUGCACUGUCGCAGCGAGAUCGAGGGCCACUGCUCCGGUCUGCACCGCAAAGGACGGACGCUGCACUGCCUGAUGAGGGUCGGCAGAGGAGACGUGGGCGCCAUCGACCCCGACUGCCAGAGGGCGCUCCAGACUCUGAUCCAGGAAGCCGACCCCGGAGCCGACUACCGCAUCGACCGAGCGCUCAACGAGGCCUGCGAGUCCGUCAUCCAGACUGCCUGCAAACACAUCCGCAGCGGAGACCCCAUGAUCCUGUCCUGUCUGAUGGAGCAUCUGUACACCGAGAAGAUGGUGGAGGACUGUGAACACAGGCUUCUGGAGCUGCAGUACUUUAUCGCCAGAGACUGGAAGUUGGAUCCCAUUUUGUAUAAGAAAUGUCAGGGCGAUGCUGCCCGGCUCUGCCACACUCACGGCUGGAACGAGACUAGUGAAAUGAUGCCCCCCGGCGCCAUUUUCUCCUGCCUGUACCGCCACGCCUACCGCUCCGUGGAGCAGGGACGCAGGCUCGUCAGUGGCGAGUCUGAAGCAGAAACCUGGCGUUUGACUCUCUCCAGAGACUGUAAGGUGGAGGUGCAGAGGAUCCUCCACCAGAGGGCGCUGGACGUGAAGCUGGACCCCGAGCUCCAGAGACGAUGCAUGACCGACCUGGGGAAGUGGUGCAGCGAGAAGACGGAGGCCGGGCAGGAGCUGGAGUGUCUGCAGGACCACCUGGAGGAUCUGCUGUCCGACUGCAGGGACGUGGUGGGGAACCUGACGGAGCUGGAGUCUGAGGAUAUUCAGAUCGAGGCGCUGCUGAUGCAAGCCUGUGAACCUGUCAUCCAGACCUACUGCCAUGAGGUGGCUGAUAACCAGAUCAACACCGGUGAUCUGAUGGAGUGUUUGGUUCAGAACAAACACCAGAAGGAGAUGAAUGAGAAGUGUGCGGUGGGAGUGACACACUUCCAGCUGAUUCAGAUCAAAGAUUUCCGUUUCUCCUACAAGUUCAAGACAGCCUGUAAGGAGGACGUUCUCAAACUUUGUCCCAACAUCAAGAAGAAGGUGGACGUUGUGAUCUGCCUCAGCACCACGGUGAGAAACGACACCCUGCAGGACGCCAAGGAGCAGCGAGUGUCCAUCAAAUGUCGUAAACAGCUUCGGGUGGAGGAGGUGGAGAUGUCGGAGGACAUCCGCCUGGAGCCGGAGCUGUACGACUCCUGUAAGCAGGACAUCAACCGGCUGUGUCAGAACGUGGCCUUCGGAAACGCACAGGUUAUCGAGUGUCUGAAGGAGAACAAGCGUCAGCUGACUCAGCGUUGCCACCAGCGGAUCUUCAAGCUGCAGGAGAACGAGAUGGUUGAUCCUGAACUGGACUACCAGCUGAUGAGAGUCUGCAAGCACAUGAUCAGGCGGUUCUGCACGGAGUCGGAGGGAAAGAACGUUCUUCAGUGUCUGAAACAGAACAAGAACAGUGAGCUGAUGGAUCCGAAAUGCAAGCAGAUGAUCACCAAGAGACAGAUCACCCAGAACACAGACUACAGGCUGAACCCGGUGCUGAGGAAGGCCUGUAAAGCUGACAUCCCGAAGUUCUGCCAGCCCAUCCUGAACAAGGCAACGGCCGACAGCGAGCUGGAGGGUCAGGUCAUCUCCUGCCUCAAACUCAAAUACGCCGACCAGCGUUUGUCUCCAGACUGUGAGGCUCAGAUCCAGGUCAUCCUGCAGGAGUCGGCGCUGGACUACAGACUGGACCCCCAGCUGCAGAUCCACUGCACACAGGAGAUCUCCCGGCUGUGUCCGGAGGAAGCAGCAGCUCAGGAGCAGACGGGGCAGGUGGAGGAGUGUCUGAAGGUGAACCUGCUGAAGAUCAAACAGGAAGGAUGUAAGAAGGAGGUGUUGAACAUGCUGAAGGAGAGUAAAGCUGACAUCUUCGUCGACCCCGUCCUCCACACCGCCUGCGCUCUGGACAUCAAGCAUCAGUGUGCCGCCAUCCCACCCGGCAGAGGGCGCCAGAUGUCCUGCCUGAUUGAGGCGCUGCAGGACAAACGUGUUCGUCUGCAGCCGGAGUGCAAGAAGAGACUUCAGGAUCGCAUCGACAUGUGGAGCUACGCUGCCAAGGUGGCUCCGGCCGACGGCUUCUCAGACCUCGCCAUGCAGGUGAUGACAUCACCGUCCAAGAACUACAUCCUGACUGUGAUUGGUGCAGGUGUGGCGCUGCUCUUCAUGGGCGGGCUGCUCUGCGGCAGAAUCACCAAACGCGUCACCCAGGAGCUGAAGGACAGGUAGACCCCCCCCAACCCCCACACUCCGGGGUCAGGACACGCCCACGGGAGAAACAACCUCGCCCGCCAACACCCCUCCCGACUCUCCACUUCAAUCCUCAAACACCCUUCGGCUCUUUCUUUCAUCGCUGGAAUGACAUUGCCCACAACCCUGCAGACGAACGUGGGCUUGAUCAGUGACUCACCUUGCUCUUCUUCUAAACUCUCUCCGGGAGGCCGUGCACCGCCGCGCACCGCCUCACGCAUCAUUCUUCUCUUCCUGAGCUUCGAUAACAGAGCGCCGGGUCCUGCUGCAGUUUUACCCCGCACUCACCUGAUCUACAUGCAGUAUUACUCUGCUUGUUUUCUCCUCCCUUCUCUGCGGGGUGGGAGGGAUGGGCAGGGUGGGGGUGGGGAGGGGGUUGGGGAUGGGUGGAGAGGGGGGGUGAGGGGUUGUAAGGAUAUGGGGUCAGAGGUCAAGAUAUGGGUGUGAAGGAGUUGAAUAAGAUCCUAUAAAGUGUAAAUGUGUAUAAAGUGGGAUGGUAGAUGCUCAUGUAUAGAGCAGUUAAAUGACUCCAGUAUUUUAAUUGUGUGUGUGUGUGUGUGUGUGUGUGUGUGUGUGUGAGUGAGAGAGAGAGAGAGAGAGAGAGAGAGACCACCAUAUUGUUCUAGUUUGUCAUCCUGCUUGAAGAGUUUUCGGGGGUCGUUUGGCUCUGGAUAUAUAUCUUCUUUUGUGGCUGAUGUGUGUUAGUUAGAUUUAUUCGCCAUGGGACUGCCAGGCGGGCGGUGCCAACCAGCCAGCCCUCCACAGAUGAGAUGAAGAAAAGUGGACACGUCACAAACACUCCCAGCCGGCUCGCUCAAAAGCUCUUUUUACAGCAGGAAAUGUUUUGUGGAUAUUUUUAUGACUUUCUCUCUGAAACGGCAGACCUGGCAACGUCUUUUUCCUUCUUUGUUUUUCUUUUUUUCCCAGCCCAACCCGUGCCAUGAACGCACCACACACGUCCACCUGCUGCUCCCAGUUUUAAACAGCUUGUUCGGCAUCGCGCUCGCCUCGUGGAAACGCACCGCGCCGUGACACAGAGCCAGGAGUCAUCGCCGUCUGCUCCAGGGCACACUGGGCAAACUGGCUAUUUUUAAUUUAAUUUCCCCCCCCCCCCCCCCCCAGUCAUGAACUCGCAGAGCGGCCGCUAGUAUCGCACUGGUUGGUACGGAAAAGCUGAGAGCAAUGCAGGAAGGGGGAAAAAAAAAAAAAAAAAAAAAAAACGACUAAAGAAAAGAUUCUAGAUUAUUAUAGAGAUGUGAACAAUUUUGUGUAAAGAUGAUACUGGAAUCAUUGCACAUUUUGAGUUCUUUUUUUUUAUAUCUAUAAAUAUAUAUAUAUUGUUUUUGUCAUAGCCUUAUUUAUUUGUUUACUAAUGGUUAAAGUCUUUUUUUCUAUGAUUUGAAUGUUCUCUGGUUGCCUUUUUCUCCAGCAAGCGAGCGUCCCUCCUUCCCGCAGAGGAAGGGGGGGAGAAUAUGGGGGGGGGGGCAGGCGGCGGCGGCGACAGGUUUCGGCCUCCUUUUCGGGCAUCGACCUGCUUCACGUCGAUGUUUGCAGUAAACGCCUCUCUGGCGGGCAGGGUGAGUUAAGAUCACUUUAUUUCAGACGGCGGCACAUUAGAAAUCUAGUAAACGCGGCGUCCUGACUCCUGUAGAGACGCUUUGUUCCAGAUCAGACACGCAAUCUGAGUUUCGGAGUAGCCGUUUGCGAGUCUGCGACAUCGAUGUCUUUAAUGUGACGAUACUUUGGGGAUGACCACUGGUGCUCUCGUGCACCAUCUGAAGCUGAUCGGUAACGUGGAUCUGAGCAGAAAGACGAUUAAUUUCACGUUGCUUCAUCUGUUGGACAAGUUCCGAAAAAAAUAGUUUCGUGUGACUUUGACGCACGCCUUUUUAAAGACGUAAUUAUCACGAUGUUAAGCGGGCUUUUCACCACUUGGCCUGAACAUGAAAUGUAUCAUUUUAUUUUUUUUAUUUUUUUUUUUACAAUAGUUAGUUCAGCCCAAAAUGAACCAAAACCACAGGUGUGGAAGCGACUGAGGGGAAAACCAAAAUUCCACAUGGUCUCACGUUGUUUCAUAUCACAAGUCUCACAUCAGUGCCAAGUCGGCGAUCUCGGAUGUGAGCAGAGGAAAGAGAAACACGCACAAAACAAAGACCAG